CUGUGGCGUCACAUCCGCUCGUUCCCUCCGGAAGUACAGUUAAUUUUUAUUCAGAGGGAGGAAAAAAAGAAAAGAACAGCUGUUGUUGGGGAAAGAAAACAUCAAAAAAUGCCGGCCCCAAAGAGAGCGCCAUCUCCACAAGAAUCUCAACCCAAGAUCAGGAAGUUGGACGAUGAUGGGGACGAUCUACCAUCCAAAACAGCACCAGCUGACAUUAACAAUUCCCUCAAAACAGGAAAUGCACAAGAAAAGUCAGCCGUCCCUCGGACGAAGAAGAAACUGUCAGUGGAGGAGGAAGGAGAUCAGUCACCUACAAAUGAUUCCAGCAAGAAUUGGUCAGACCCACCUUUCAAAAAAGCUAAGCUUCUACACACCACAAGUGCCUCCUGCGAACAAACAUCUUCACAGAAAGCCAACUCCAAAGCUCCUCUGAAGCGCUCAGCCUCCACAGACUCGGACGAGGAGACGAGCAGCGACGGUAGUAAGCUUGAUCUCUUCAGAGAGGGAGAUGAUGGAGAUAAAGCUCACUGUAUAAGACAGUAUGCCAACAAAGUCAAAGCACUACACAAGGCUGAAGAGUUACCUCCUUGUACAGAGGAUAAUAGUCAUAAAUUGACGUCUGCAUCAGGAGAACUUGCCCAUCCGGACCUGAGUUGUGGUAUAUAUUCAGAUUUACCAAAUGUUGAAAACAGGGGUGAGAAUCAUCAGGAAGUGGAGAAAGAAUCUGCAGUGUCAGCUGAUCCCCAGAGACGGGGGGACCGGGAUGAUGCAGCAGAAUGCAGGUCAGAGGAAACUUCAGCCUCUGCAUCAGGAAGCUGUGAGGCUGCUGUCAGUGCUGAGUGUGGAGCCAAAGACAAGAAACUGGAGGAAUUUAAAAAUACAGAAAUGCAACAUUUAUACAGCAUCACAUCUGGAGAAAAUGGCAAAAAUGACGAGACAGAUUCUUUCAAAAAUGAGGACGAGGAUGACGGGCCUCGUCUUCACUCGGCACAGACACAGUUUUCUGGUACAGUGAAUCCAAUCUGCGAUGGUGAAAUCCACACCAUCGAAAUCACCAGCUCCAGGUGCAGGGCAGAAAAUGAGACAGCUGUGGGCAGUGGAACUAAAACAACAGAGUUGGUCACUGAAGAUAUGAUAACCAAAAGAGAAGGGGAAUCAGUGGAAGAGACGUGUGAAUCAGCCAGUGUCUCAGCACAGGUUAAAGACGCUGCUGGAGAAGAGAAAAUGUCAUCAACCAAAGGAAACACUUCACCUGAUGAAAUCCCUGCAGAAAAUCUGAGCCCGGAGAGUCAAACGGAUCUGAGCGUCAAAAUUCAGCUUACUUUUAAAGAGAAAUCUAAACCCACACAAAUGUCCGACCAAGUUUCGGAUAAAACGACCAACUCUGUCAGCAACGUACUGCAAAUGUCUGAGGAAAGUGAAAGGAAGGAAGUUGAAUUCCACUCAUCUCUGGUUCUCACCAACUCUGGGUCCAUCGCUGGUGUACAGCUCAGCCCUGAUGAAACAGAUGUGAAGACUGACAGCUGCACUGACAUGUUGACACCUGGCUGUGAGGAGCUUCAGGAGCAGAGACAAAUAAACCAGCUGGCGGACUCUGUUGCAGCCUCGGGAAGUCAAAUAGAUACCGACGUCCAGACUGAAACAACCUCAGAGGGGAUUUCAGACCCGGCACCUGGAGCGGCGGCUCAGAAUCAGAACGACAACAAAGGUGACGACAUCAGAGACACAGACACUCCCGCUGAAGGAGGGGAAAAUGUGACGGUUGAAACGACGACAAGGCUGGAAAAUACAACAGCCUUUGAUUGUUCCACUGGACAAAGUGUUCAGAGCAGAAUGGAUGUAAAUAUUUCUAAUCCAGCGUCUGCAGUGGAAACACAGAGUCAAGGUGAAGCAGACACACAAAAUCAGUCGGAGCAAAGGAGAGGUGAAUACACUGCCCAAAUUCCUGAAAAAUUCCAUCAAGAAAUUAUGUCUGAGAAUUCAGAAACUUCAGCUGAGGGUGACACAAAAAUGGAAAAACUUCCAAUAACAACUUCAGACGUUGCCUCUCCUUCAUCAACAGUCGAAGAGAAAGCUGAGCUGUGCCCUGAGGUGAGUCAACCAAUCACAAACUUAUCAGACAAAUCACACGCACACUCAUUUGUGAACUGUGAGAGCGCUGAACUUCAGGACGCUGUUGUCGAUGCCGACUGUGGAACCUCUUCAGAAAAUCAACCCGACGUGCAUCCGACGACCGUAACCGUAUCACAGGAACUUUCCAACGUGGAACGGCCACAAUAUCCGCCGCCACAGGAUGUGGUGGAACCCACGACGGACAUGUUUGAUGUUUUACACGAGGAGCCAAAAGCUGACGACUUUACAGUCCAGGAAAAUGACAACCACAUCAACUCUGAGCCUGUGUCUACAUCUGAGAGGGAACCCAACGUGGAAAUGCAUAAAGUGUCGACUUCAGAGAAUUCUAACGUUAAUGAUUUAGUGGAACUGCAGAAAACAAGCGCUGCGGUGGAAAUGAAAGCCCAGGACGUCUGUGAACGUGAGGCCAGUUCAUCUACAGAAGCUCAGGACCAAACCACAGCUGACACUUACCAAAAUGUGACAAACCUACAAAUGCUGGCCACGUCAGCAUCUGGCAUCCCAAACGUUGCCUCUCCAGCGGGCGGAGAAUCUCCGAAAUGCCAAAAAGAAAGUGACGUGGACAUGGAGACCACGUCGGCUGCAGAAGAAGCACCGGGCCUCAGGAAUCCAGAGAACAGUGAACAUUUCACUGACGUGUCCAGAGACCGUGCGACCGUGCCAGACAAUCAAGUCCAAACGGAGAUGCAGGUCACAUCAACAUCGGAUUUCUCUUGUCCAGAGCACGAGGUGGAAUUACAGAGUCAGAAAAAUCAAGAAAAUACUGGAUCUACUCAAGGCAGGUCAGAAGAAGUUCAAGUGGACGAGUGUAACACAAGUGAAAACCAGGUCGUUACAGAAACAGAAACGCACACAACGGACACAAUAGAGGAGAUUUUCAAUACAACUGUGAAGGAGCAGAAACAUCAGGACGAAUGUCGACCCGACGAAGGUGUCGAGUGUCAAAUAGAUUCCAAUAUGGAGGACGACAAAGAAGGGGUUUUCUCUGAAAAAGUCGGAGAUCUGGAAAGUCAAAGAGAGAUCUGUGUAGCUGCAACGUCUGAUUCAGCACCUUUAGUGGAACGUCAGAAAGUCGAUACAAACAUUUAUAUAGAGACUGAGAUAUUUGGGACUGAACAAAAUGAGGAAGUGUUUGCUGCUGCGUCUUUCGAGGCUCCAGAAAUUCAUGGAAAUACAGAAACAGCUGCGGUGCCUGGGGAUAAUUCUAUUUCUGCACCUGCAGUGGAUCAGCAGCAGGACUUGAGGAGUGAAAUAGUUCCUGAGCACUCUCUGCUGUCUGCAAACUUGCUUCAGAAAAGUCAUUCUGAUUUAGGCAACAUGGUGAAUACACCUGGAGAGUUCCAGAAGGAUGUGGACACGACGAGCGGAUCAAUAGAAGCUGUUAAUGCUGCCUCAGAAGAGGAAUUGGGAGAGCAAAUGAUUUAUGAGGCCAGAGAAGGGACUGCAGUGGUUCCUGAUGACGAGGCCCACGGAAGUGUCGGCAGCACCGAGAGUACGGGGGACGGAACUGGCAGCGGCGAAGUAAUUGUUUUGGUCGGCCAAUCAGAUGUCAGCAACAGCGUUAGUCUGGCUUCAGGUGAGCAGAUGAAGAUGAGCGAUCGGGCCGAGAUGCAGCAUCACGAGAACGACAUAGUGUACGAGCCAAUUAGCAGCCCCGAAAGUAACGAUGACAGGGACCUGCCUGCAGUUCUGGAGAAGCACAGCGGUAUGUCCAUUCUGGACAUACAGGACACGGAGACGCAGCAGUUUAUCAAAGGGACAUUUGCUAACGAAGUCUCUCACACAGGAGUAGAAGAUGAAGAAAGUGGAGCGGCCGACGGCCAAACAGCAGCAGCAGCAGGUGAAGUUGAAGAGAUGGAGGUGCAAAGCAACAGUGUUUCAGAAAGUUCUCCACCUGUUCUGUCAGAGCAGGACACGGUACAGGACCAGGAGACGUGUCAGGAGACGUCCACCGAUCAAGAGAACACAGAAAUCUGCAACCUACGAGCAGAGGAUGAAGACGACGUUCAGGGCCCCCUUGUGUCUGUUGGCCAGUCUGCAGCGUCAGUUGACAUGGAAGUACAAAGUACUGCCGUGUCAGAAACAUGUACUUCUUCAAACUUAGAGCAGAGUAAUACCAGUGAAGUACCAGAACUCCAUUCCACAGAGGACCAGGAGUUAUUAGAAACAGUAGCCGAAAAUGAUGAGAUUGAACUCCCUGAUCCACCAGUGGAGAAUGAAGAACUUGUUGAGGAACAAACUGACAGUCAAACACCAACAACGACGGUCAACGUGGACGUGCAACACAUCUGUGAGCCAGAACCGUUGGUGCAGUGUAGCGUGAGUAACACACUGCAGCCCUCAGACCCCGAGCUGAUGAAAGAAGAAAUCACCAACACACCGGUGUCGAUGGAAGAAAGUGUUCAGGAAGAACAUAAUGAUUCUGAACUGCAAACUGCAGCACCGUCUGUCGACCACAGAGGGAGCAUCAGUAUGUCAGCGAGCACAGAAACACAGAGGACGGGAGACUUAUCUACAGACGUUUGUGAAACACAAGGACAAAACCAGGAUCUAAGUCGUACGUCUGAAGGCCAGUCUCCGGCAGCACCAGUCGAUGGGGAAGUUCAAAACAGCAUCGAGUCAGAAACCUGUUCCACUGCGCAGCUAGAAGAAAUCAAAACAAAAGAAGAUGUUUCUGCUAAUGAAGAAAACAGUGAAAUUAUCGACGCACUACAGGAAGUUCUAGAAGAAGAAGUUCAGGAGCACGCUGGCAUUUUGGACAGUCAAGUGACCACAGGAGUUGAACUGGAAUCACACGUUAGCAGCUUGUCGGAAACCUCUUCUACUGCACAGUUGAACAACAUAUUUGAAAUGAAAGAGACGGAGACCCAACAGGUAACAGAAAACACACCUAUCAAUGAGGAAAACACCGUCGGCAGCGUCCAGGUGGAAGUUGAGGAAAGUCUCCAGGAGCAAGUUUGUGUCUCUGACAGCGAAACAGCGACAGCAGUUGAAAUGGAAGUACAAAACACCACUAUGUCAGAAACAGCGCCCUCUGCACAGGUGGAGCAGAAUCACAUGAAUAAUGCACUGGAUGUAAACCACGGUUUGGACACCACAGGCAUCCAGCAGAUAAUACAAGACACGUGCUCUGAUGAUGAAGAAGGUCAGGACCGUGAGACGCAGGUUUGUGUAAACGACGGUGGAGUGACGGUCGCAGCCGUCGCUACGGAGGUGGAGAACGUCGCUGUGUCAGAAACUGUUCUUUCUGCACAGUUGGAGCACGGUUCAAAACAGGACACAAACACGGUGGAGACUGAGCAGUUGCAAGGAGACGGAUCUACUGAUGAACAAAAGGAGAAAAUGCCAAAUGAAGACGACACUGAGCAACAAACACCUGCAGCAGUCGAGUCGGAGGAGCAAAAAACGAGUGUCGAGGAAACUUCUCCCACUGAAGUACAAAGCAUGGAGACUGACCUGGUAGAAGAAGCUGCAGCCAACGAUGAACAAAACCAAGAAAUAUACAACCAACAUGUCGAAACGGAAGAAGAAAAAGUUCUGGAACAAAUUUUUGGGCCAUCGGAUGAGAUGGAAGUGCAGAGCAGCAUGGAGUCAGAGAACUCUCCUCCGGUGCAGUCUGAGCAGAGUAAAAUACAUUCACAUGAGGACCAAGUUCCCACGACAAGUUCCAGUGAUAAUUUCAACCUUUCAGAAGAUGGAACUGUGAAAGACGGCACCACAGAGUCUCCCAGCUCCAUGGAAUUUUCAGAACCCAGGACACAGGAAAUCGUAGCAUCGCCAGAGGCUGGAGGUUUGGCACCGCCUACAGUCCAGGCGGAGAUGGCGGACGGUACGUCUGAAGAGUACGUGAUCCUAGAACCGGUCCCAGACAGUGAAAUCCCCUUUGAUAUCGUCACUCAAGCCGUGGCACAGUCGGGCUUGAACAUUUCACUUCCACAGGAAGAGAAAGCGGCUGAGGAGAUGUGUGAUGUCAUCGGUGUUGACACCGCACAGAUGGACCUGGUCGACGCUGAGCUUCAGCACACCUAUGAGGAUUGUAACACCGUCCAGGUAGAGAACGCCGGCGAUCCUCUGGUUGAAGAUGUGCAGAUCCUGCAGGACAUAGAGAUCGGACGUGAGGUCGUAGUGGCCGAGGAAGACAACGUGGAAGACGGCGAUGUUACCAUAAUAGAAAAACAACCGGAGACCCCUCAGGAAGCGCCCUCUAAAGAGCCCGAUGAGAAGAAAGAUGAAACGCCGAAGGAGGACGACAGUGGGACCAAAGUGCAGCAGAACAGCACAGCUGACCAGAAGAGUGAGGAGAACCAACAGCCGGUGUAGCCAGAAAAACCCAAGAAGCAGGAGAUGAACAC